ACAAGAUGGCGGCGCCCAGCUGUAAUGCUCUGGGCCUCUGGCUGCGGGGUUCCGGCCAGUGUUUAGGGCGUCGCUUCACUCUCGUCUCCCAGCCAUUUUGUUCUGCCGCUGCUGCCUCUGGGACCCUGAAUGCCCAACGGUUAGCGGAGAAACUCCGAGCCCAGAAACAGGAACAAAAGACGAAGAAGCAGUCGGUGCCCACAAAUAGUGUUCAGCGGAGAGUGCAGGAACUAGUUCGGUUCACACAGCAGUUGCAGCGAGUCCACCCCAACGUGCUUGCUAAGGCACUGAGUCGAGGGAUUGUGCACCAAGACAAGGAACUCGUGGUCAUUAAUAAACCCUACGGUCUUCCUGUGCAUGGUGGCCCUGGGGUCCAGCUCUGCAUCAGCGAUGUAUUGCCUAUCCUGGCAAAAAUGCUUCGUGGCCACAAGGCAGAGCCCUUGCAUCUGUGCCACCGGCUGGACAAGGAAACCACAGGCGUAAUGGUGUUGGCAUGGGAGAAGGAAGUGGCACAUCAAGUUCAAGAGUUGUUUAGAACCCGUCAGGUGGCAAAGAAGUAUUGGGCCAUCACUGUGCGUGUCCCGGUGCCCCCGGCAGGAGUCGUGGAUAUCCCCAUCAUUGAGAAGGAGGUGCAAGGUCAGCAGCAGCACUAUAAGAUGACACUGUCCCCAGGCUACCGCAUGGACAAUGGGAAGAUGGUGAGAGUCCGAGCCAGCCGGGGCGCGCACACGGCUGUGACUCAGUACCAGGUGCUGAGCAGCACUGUCUCCUCCGCCCUCUUGGAGCUCCAGCCAGUUACUGGAAUUAAACAUCAGCUUCGAGUUCACCUGUCUUUUGGAUUGGAUUGCCCGAUCCUUGGAGAUCACAAGUACUCGGACUGGAAUAAGCUGGCCCCCCAGAAGCUGAGUGUUGGUACCCUGAGGAAGCUGGGGCUGAAGCAGGCGAAGGCCCGCCACAUCCCCCUUCACCUGCACGCCCGCCAGCUGGUCCUGCCCGCCCUGGAGUCCAGGAAGGAGGAACUCAGCCUGGUCUGCAGGCUUCCGCACUACUUUGCAUGCUCCCUGAGACGGCUGGGCUUACAGAUGCCAAGUCAGGAUCAAAGUGGGGACAACGAAGCUGAAUGUCUGAGAGCACAGUGAAGACCGUUGGGCAGUUUAGCCCCUAAACUCUUCACUGUGUUUAGUGGACGCUGCUAACUUCUCCCUGGGGACAGACUCCGGAAGGUCCAGGUGCAAUAAGUGGAAGAAACCCAGCCGCUUCUGGGCUUUUACUGGAGGCUAAAUAUUUACCUGUACUCUGGCUAUACUCUGAAAGAGCCUGCAGGAAACCUCCCUGCCAAGAUGGAAGAGAGCCCAGGAGCAGGCAGAUUGGGUCAAUAAUUGGAAAAGAAGAACUACAGCAGAGAAUCUGUGCUCAGAAACUGUUUACAUCCAACAGUGAAGCUCUUGAUCUAUCAGGAAGGUUCCUGUGGUUGGGAAGAGCAUAUCAUGGCUCUCUAACUGAUAGAUGCAGAAGCAGUUACUGUCCUCACGGACAUUUGGGAUCUGUUAUCAAAACCUUCUGGCCCCGCUUGCCUAGUCUCAGAUUUCGUAGGCCCAUAUCCUAGAAUGCAGGAUUCUCUGCUGCUGGAGCCCAGGAGCCUCACCCCAGGAGUGACUGGGGCCUGCCAAGGGGUGUUUAUUAAGCAAGAAAAGCAGAUGUAAACGGCAGGCGAGGUGUGAGGCCCUGGGGGGGAGCACACACACCAUCCAGAGGGGGCAGCUGUUAGCUCCAGCUGGGUAUCGCAAUGUGGAAACAGAUUUCCUAUUUUUUUCUAGGAAACCUAGAUAUAGUUGGCCCUUGAACAGCUUUGAGGGGGCAUUGACCCCUCCCCCCACUAAUGCACAGUAAGAAAUUCAUGUAUAACUUUUGAUUCUCCAAAAACUUAACUACUAAUAGCUACUGUGGACCAGAAACUUUACCAAUAACAGUGGAUUAACACAUAUUUUGUAAGUUAUGUGUAUUAUAUACUGUAUUCUUACAAUAAAGUAGGCUAGAGAAAAAGAAAAUGUUAUUAAGAGCAUCAUAAGGAAAAGAAAAUACAUUGACAGAACUAACUGUACCGUAUUUAUCAAAGAAAAUCUGUGUAUAAGCGGCCUGCACAGUGCAAACCUGUGUUCUUUGCACAUCAGCUGUACUUCACGUGAAAUCUCCAAGUAUUUUGCUCACUAAAUAAGAUUUGUAAAACAACACGUGUCCCCAAACCUA